UCAUAGUAAAGGAUAUCAACACUUCUCUACAAUUUUUCUUUAGUGUCAUACAUCUUUUUAUUUUCAAGUCUUUAGUAAAAUGAGUCUAAAGUCUGUGUUGUGUGCUAAGAUAGAAAUGAAGGCUAAUAAGGAUGUGUUUCAUGAUGUCUUUACAAAUAAACCACACCAUGUCUCUACUAUAUGCCCUUUGCAUGUACAAGGUUGUGAGCUUCUUGAGGGUGUCUUUGGAACCGUUGGAUCCAAAAUUUGUUGGAGAUAUACUCUUGGAGGAAAAGAGAAGAUUUCGAGGCAGGUAAUUGAAUGUAUAGAUGAGGAAAAAAAGGUGAUCACAUUCAAAGAAUUUGAAGGUGAUCUAGUGAAUACAUAUGAUAAUUGGAAGGCAACUCUUCAUAUAGAAACAAAAGGUGAAGUUGAUUUGGUAAGUUGGACAAUGGAGUAUGAAAGGCCAAAUGAGAAUGUCCCAGAACUAAUAAAUUUGUUGGACUUUAUUAUUGGUAUGACCAAAGCUGUUGAUGAUCACCAUGUCAAGAUGAAUUGAUGGGAUUAUAUAUAUAAAUACUUACUUUAUUUGAUGUUUGAGAGUAUGGUAAAAAAAGAAUAAUCCAUAUGUUGGUAGUGUAUUUUUUUGUUUUAAAUCCAUGGUCAUUUCAUGUUUCAUUGGGUCUUUUCAUGUAAUCUCUUAUGUGUUGUUUAAUAAGACAUAUGAAGUUUAUAUAUA